UAUUUCGGGAUACCUUAUUAUCGUUGGUCAUGGAGAAGGACAAUCUGCCGCUGCCUCUCGUGCGAAAUUCUUAAAAUGUCUUCAUUUUGUGGUUUUAAGAGUGAUAAACACAAGGAUUAGAUUGAUUCAUUACAAGAUGAAGGGGAAGGGAGAUUAAUAAUGGACUUUGUUCCACACGACUGUUUGCUUAAUGAAUUAGACGGCUGGAUUUCCCUGUUUGCUGUUCCUUUGGUGAGCUACAACCCCGCUUGGCAUGCACGGCCAAGCCGUGCCGGACUACUCUCGGGAAGCUAGCGGUUCAGCGCAUCACUCACAACAAGGGACAAAGUCGCGCAGCUGGUGCGAUCGGUUGGGCAUUUCCAGAGCAGGCAGAGAUCUUUCUGAUUUGUCUCCCUGCACACACAACGGAAAAUCAAGGACUAAUUUGUGCUUUAGAAGGAGACCAAGUAUGAACUGGGCAUCAGUCAUGACGGUUUGGAAACGUUUCAGAGUGAUCUUUGUCAUUGUCGGAGUUCUCUGCAUCAUUAUUGGUGUCUGGGGUCAGGGUCAUAGAGAAGAGACAGAAGAAUUAUUUAAAUUAGGAGCAGCUGAUAUGGAUGUAGAAAGCCAAGUUAGAAAGGCUGUGCAGCCACUUGAACAAAGAAUAGAUGCCAUAGAAAAACAAACGAUACGAAAAUAUCCAGAAGUUGCCUAUUUACCAGAGAGUACAAGAAUGAGAAUAUUAAUUACGGGUGGAGCUGGUUUUGUCGGGUCACAUCUCGCCGACCGGCUGAUGUUAGAAGGUCACGAGGUCACCGUAGUCGACAACUUCUUCACGGGUCGUAAGAGAAAUAUUGAGCAUUGGAUUGGUCAUCCAAACUUUGAACUGAUCAAUCAUGAUGUUGUUAAUUCUCUUAUGAUUGAAGUUGAUCAGAUCUAUCACUUGGCGUGUCCUGCGUCUCCACCACACUAUAUGUACAACCCUAUUAAGACCAUCAAAACAAGUUCAUUAGGAACCCUAAACAUGCUGGGGUUAGCCAAGCGGGUACGGGCGAGGCUCCUUCUGGCGUCAACUUCAGAAGUAUAUGGAGAUCCUGAAGAGCAUCCGCAAAAGGAAGAAUAUUGGGGUCAUGUUAACCCCAUCGGUCCCAGGGCAUGUUACGAUGAGGGCAAAAGAGUUGCUGAAACCAUGUGCUACGCGUACGCAAAGCAGGAUAAAGUUGAAGUCCGAGUUGCCAGGAUAUUCAACACCUUUGGACCUCGUAUGCACAUGAAUGACGGCCGGGUCGUCAGUAAUUUUAUUCUCCAAGCUCUCCAGGACGAACCAAUCACGAUAUUUGGGAAAGGACUGCAAACGCGAUCUUUCCAAUAUGUCAGUGACCUUGUGAGCGGUCUUAUUGCGCUCAUGAAUAGCAAUGUUUCAUCGCCAGUGAAUAUUGGUAAUCCUGAAGAGCAUACAAUUCUUGAAUUUGCUGAAAUAAUAAAAAGUAAAAUAGGGGGAGGGAGUGUAAUCUCACAUGUCCAAGCUGCUGAAGACGAUCCUCAAAAGAGAAAACCUGAUAUUACCAAGGCAAGGUCGUUAUUAAAUUGGGAACCAAAGGUUCCAUUAGACGUCGGGCUCGAAAAAACCAUACAGUACUUUAGGAACGAGCUGAACGCAACAAAGGGAACGUUCCAACCCAACGCGCGCAAGCAGAUACCAGGAAGCGAGUAGCGUGGACCAUCACAAACAUUGGAUUAACCCAUCGACUCCAGAACUCUGCAAUUCCCACAGACUUUGGACAGAGACCAUAUGGUCUCAGUGGGAAAUAGGGAUACUUCCUCGUUGAUUUCCAGUUCUACAUUUCCUGCCGUUUACUCUCUCGGGUUGACCUUGCAGUUUUAGGCUGUGUUUACACAAGUUAUUUUUUUUUUUUACUCAGAAACAAACCUGGAUCAUGAUUCAUACAUUUUGUCAUGCAUAUUCUGUGAAAAGGAGCCUUCAUGCAGUUUGUUUUUAACAUAAUGUUUUAAUUACAUCAUUUUUCUUGGACACCGUAAUUUAUGCUGGGAGCCAGGCUGGGCUGGAACUCAAGAGCCCGGCGAGUUGGGGGGAUUUCCCCCAGGCCAAGCCAGGUUUUCCUUCCGAGCCCCAACGCUACUGUAAUUUGAUCACAAGAUUGUAGUUCAACCAGUGGCCAAUGUGUUCCAUUGAAAGCCUGCUAGAAAAUGACAUCAUAUCCAUUUAAAACUAGGUUGCAUUCUUAUUCUAGUAGAAAUAGAGUCAAGUCACAUUUAACUGGGAAAGGAGAACGAUUCGCUGACACUGGAUAAUGUGAAAAGCAACGCAAACACCUGUACACUUACAUCUCUGGGGGACAGCAAUUUGGAUGUCAUAUGAGUUAAUUUUAAUAAAUUGGAUAUGUACUGUUAGGGAUUUGUGCCCCAAUUGGCUCUCCAUAGUUAAACCACAACUUUAAGUUCAGAAUACAGCCCACCUUUUUUUUUAAUAAGCUGGGUCCUGUAACAUGAAGCUUAGCGAUGGAUUGUUCAUGCGGAUUUUACGAUUGAUCCUACACAAUAAUCUACUUAGUAUGCAAUCAAUCAGGGUCUGUGCCUGCAGACUAAGGGGUGAGUAUGAUUGGUGCAUGCAAACAGGGUGCUACAUAACUUUUAAAAAGCACUUGGAUUCUCUCAUGGGCUAGUUUCACAAAAACUUGCAAUCAAACUAAAGUUGGUGUGCAACCAUUCAGAAACAUGCGGAUGGGACUUGCGUUUGAUUUUUUUCUUUGCGUUGUGUUUUAACAUAAUUAUCUCUCUCUCUGAAUCAAUGUUUGAUGCUCAAUCAUUUUCAGGCUCGUUUGGAUUUGGUUUAUUGUUGCAAUUUGAUUAGGGUGUUAUACUCAGAUUUAUAACAGAUAAGUAAUACAUCUGGGGGUGUUUCACAAAGAUUUAAGUAUGACUUAGGUCGCACUUAAAUGUCGAUGCAUACAUGAUAUGCAACGCACAAUCUUAUUGAUCAAUACGCAGUAGUGCGCGUCCUCUUGGCAUGAUCUGACCAAUGCUGUCAUGCCUUUUAUACUGCGCGCAACAAGGCAUUUAAGUGCGACUCUAAGUCAUACUUAAAUCUUUGUGAAACACCUCCCAGGGUCCUUAACUAGAUAUAAUCAGUUUUUACAAUCAAUUGUAAAUUUGUGCGUGAUUUACAUCUACCAUAAACAAGUAGUUACAUUAA